AGACCUGUCGCCCCGCCUGGGGGCCUGAGGCCUGUCACCCCGCCUGGGGGCCCAGUGCCUGUCGCCCCACCUGGGGGCCCGGUGCCUGCUGCUCCGCCUGGGGGCCCGGUGCCUGCUGCUCCGCCUGGUGGCCCGCUGCCUGCUGCUCCGCCUGGUGGCCCGGUGCCUGCUGCUUCGCCUGGUGAUCCGAUCCCGAUGUGCCUCUGCCUGAUGUGCCUCUGCCCGAAGUGCCUCUGCCCGGUGUGCCGCUGCCCGAUGGGCCUCUGCCCGGAGUCCUGCCCGGUGUGCCGCUGCCCGGAGUCCUGCCCGGCCGCUCCUUGAGGGGGGGGUACUGUC